UCGAGCGUUAAAGUGCCUCAAAGUGCGUUUUUGAAAAAUCAGUGACUUUUAACCCACAUGGCAGUCGUCCAAACACCAUUCGCGAUGACCCUCGGCCAACAGAAUAAAAUCUACAAUGUGAUCCAGCAUUCACCUCAACAAUCCAUCAUCGUUUCCGGGACUCUAACCCAACCGACCAAAACCGUGAUCCAGAGCAAACGACCUCUGGCUCCGGCCCCGGAAAGGACCUCGGUUUUAGUCACCAAUAACUCGGAUUUGAGGUGCAAGAGGAAAAUCCAGUUUAUGCCCUAUGGACCUCAACAGCAGCCGGCGUCGGUGGCCCGGAGGAACGCCAGGGAGAGGAACCGAGUCAAACAAGUCAACAAUGGAUUCGCGACGUUGAGACAACAUAUUCCUGCAAGCGUCGCCGCAGCUUUUGCCCCCCAAGGACCAUCAACUGGACGUGGAGCCUCGAAAAAGCUCAGUAAAGUCGAGACUUUGCGACUCGCAGUUGAAUACAUCCGGAGUCUCAAACAGAUGAUUGAGGACCAUGAGAAUGACUCCGGGAACUGCACUUAUAGCAAUAGUCCGGACCAGUACCAAAACUACCCCAUUUUGCUACCAACCCCCACAUGUUCGGAAGCCUCCUCAUCACCCACACCCUCCCACAGUUCCGAGAGUUCCUUCUCAGCCGCCUCCAGUUACACCAACACGAUUUACCACCAGGAAAAUUUCGAAAAUUACGAACCGAAGAGUCCCGAAGAUGAGGAACUCCUCGAUGCGAUAUUCUCCUGGCAACAGAACGAAUAAGAUCGAGAGAAAGAGAGAGAGGCCAGUGCGGACCUUGACCAGUGCCUUCACGAGUGAUAUUUUUUGGGAUCUGUUUACAAAAAAUACAUUGUUAUUCUAGUCAUUGUUUUGUACAUACUUGUAAAUAUUGUUAGCUAUAUUUAGUGCUAUUUUGAGACAUUCCUCCGCUGUUAUUGCAAUAUUUUGUAUAAAAAUUUGAGAAAUUUUAAAACGAUGCCUUUUAAUGGUUCAAACUCGUACUGAGAGCCCCAGUAAUUAGUCGUUAAGUUUUAGCAUGUUCCAUGACUUAAGCUAAGUUAUUUUUCGUAAUUUUAAGUAUUUUUGCUACUACUUUUUACACUGUACUGAGCCAAUAAACGUGCGAUUUUUUAAAAAAAA